AGGUUUAAAAUAUAUAUCAAAGCCGGAAAGUACAAGGAGCAAGUGAAAGUGAGCAAGAAAAAAAUGAAUCUAAUGCUUAUUGGAGAUGGGGUUGGAAAGACGAUCAUAACGGGCAGUAAGAAUGUUGUUGAUGGCUCGACUACUUUUAGAUCAGCCACAUUUGCUGUUUCAGGGGCAGGCUUCAUAGCCAAAGGCAUAACCUUCGAAAACACGGCCGGCCCCGAGAAGCACCAAGCCGUGGCGGUGAGAAACAGCGCCGACCUCUCAGUAUUCUACAAGUGCAGCUUCCAUGGUUUCCAAGACACACUCUACACCUUCUCCAACCGCCAAUUCUAUCGGGAGUGCGACAUUUUCGGAACCGUCGACUUCAUCUUCGGCAACGCAGCGGCAGUUUUCCAGAAGUGCAAUCUGCGCGCCCGGAAACCCGGCGAAAAGCAAAACACUCUCGUCUACACCGCGCAAGGGCGGAAGGACCCCAACCAGAACACCGGGAUAUCCAUCAUAGACUGCAAGGUGGAUGCCACGAGGGAUUUGGCGCCUAUCAAGGGUCAAUACAAGGUCUACCUCGGUCGCCCGUGGAAGCAGUAUUCGAGGACGGUCUACAUCAAGUCUUACCUGGGGGACCUGAUUAAUCCUAAGGGAUGGUUGGAGUGGAACGGGAAUUUUGCCUUGAAUACGCUGUACUACGCGGAGUAUCAGAAUAACGGCCCAGGGGCAAAUACGAAGAACAGGGUUAAGUGGGGAGGUUACAAAGUUAUUACGAACCAACAGGAGGCCGCUAAAUUUACCGUCGAUCAGUUUAUACAAGGGAACAAAUGGUUGCCUCCCACUGGUAUUCCGUAUUCCGCUGGUUUGAGUUAAGUGGUUUCGUGGUUAAAAUAGCGAAUGAGGGGAGGACAAGACGCAUCAGAGCAGUGUUUGCUGUUUCAAGAAAUACUGGUUUGGUGUUCUGAAAUUACAUUGAUCCUUACGGCGAAAAGAAAGCCCAAACUGACUUUUUGAUGAUUGGAAAUUGAAAUUUGAGAGCGAAUUUUCCACAGAAUAUACGUUAAGACUAGUUUUACUUGUUAUCAUUAAUAUCUCAAUCAUUUCAAAAACUGCACCUAUGCGCCUUGUCCUCCAAGCAAGCCCCUCGAAUACGCAAUUUUUUUUCUUUUCUUUCAACAUUACCUAUUAUAUCACUCGGUUCUGCACCGCGGUUCUUUAUUUCGACUUUCCAGAGAGCUGAUAAUAUCAUGUGAACGGAACUAACGAGAAGGUGCCAACCUGCAUAACACCACUGCAUUUUUAUUGGAAUGUAAUAAAUACAUUUACGAAAUUUUAAUUCCAAAAUUGCCUAAGAAAACAAAAUAAAAUAAAAUGUGAAAAAAAAUUA